AUUCCCAAGAUAGAAAAAACAAAACUCCAGGCCCAACAAUGGUGAAGCAACACGUAAGCCAGAGCCAUGAUGCGACCGAGACCCAGAGAAUCCAUUCGCGAUUCAAGGGUGCUCGAAAGCGAAAAUGGGGGAAAUGGGUGUCGGAGAUCAGACUACCCAACAGUCGGGAAAGGAUUUGGCUGGGAUCUUACAACACCGCCGAGAAGGCGGCACGAGCUUUCGACGCUGCUCUUUUCUGUUUACGCGGCCGUUCUGCUAAGUUCAACUUCCCAGAUAAUCCACCGGAUAUAGCCGGUGGAAGGACUUUGACGACGUCAGAAAUCCAAGCAGUCGCAGCACGUUUUGCCAACUCGGAGCCUCCGAUGACCCAUUCGGAGCAGUACACCUAUGGGUUUCAAACUGAACCCCCUUCGCCGUCGGUUUCAGUCGACACAGCAAGGUACGACGGUGAGUUGUCCGUUGACGGGUCGUUUCUGGAUGCUUUGAAAAAGGGUUCGGGUUAUGGGAUAUUUCCCGAAUUGGAUGACUUUUCAAUUGAUUUUCUGGGAUCAUUGAUGCCUGAGAUCGAGUGUGAAGAAGAUAAUCUUGACGAGAUUUCAAAUCCAGAAUAUUUUCUUUGGAAUUUCUGA